CUCUGAUUGAAAAAAUCAAAAUUUCUAACUAAUAAGUAAUCAAUAAUAGAUGAUAAUAGAAAUCUUCAGAAAAAAUCAAAAUCUUGAUCCGCUACAGAGCUAUAAUGACGAAUAUAUUGCUAUAUCGAAUCAGUUUCUUUCUUUUUUUUUUUGCUUUGGUUAUAAAAUAAUAUUAGUCUUUUGGGACACGCGUCAAACAGUCUUUUUUGGCUCAAUAAAAAGGCGUUGCUAAACAAACAAUAUUCUCGCUCACACAUAUUGAGCGGGGGAAAGUUAUUCCGGUCCAAAAUGUCAGCAAUUAUUUCAGUGUUUUAGGUUUUGUUUUCUCAAUCGACAAUUUGGUAAUUCAUUUGGAUCAUCAUUGAUUCAAUUCAUUCACUGAUUCAAUAUAUUGCAAUCAAAAUCUAUGUGGUUAUUGCGAAUUCGAUAUGGUGAUGAACAAAUCCGAACAGACACAAACGAUGAAUGAGAUGAACGAUAAAAAGACUGAGAAUGAUGAUAAUGAAGAGAUUAAAACUGGAUAUUUCGGCAUUAGAUCAUAUCUACAUCAUUUCUAUGAAAAUGUUUCCGUUCGAAAUCCAAAUGAAUAUGAUGAACAUGUAACCGAAUUCACAAACAAACAGAAUAGACGUUCAAAGUUAUGGGUCACUUUAUUCAUUUCUGGAACAAUUUUAAUGUUACUUGGCGUAACAAUGAUUCUCAUUGGUUUUACCAUGAAUCGUAUGCAAAUUGAUAUUGGCUAUCAAGAAGAGAUGCGUAUUAUUGAUAAAUCUGCAUAUGAAUUCAAUAAACAUUUAGAUCAGAUCAAAAUAAUCGGUCUAAUCUGUUUCGCUGUAGGUGGAUUAUUUGUAGCUUCUUCAUUAUUGUUGCCUAGUUUGUUACCAAACAAAUCGAAUGGCACAAAUGAUGAUGUGGAUGAAUCUACUCAUCUUAAAUUUAAUAUCGAUCCCAAUGAUGAUGAUGAACAACGAACACAGGUGAAAAAUCUGAUACCAGUCACUGAGGAACUUAAAAGUGUCCAACCUAAACAAACAACUACGCCAGCUAUUAUAACCAAUUCUGGUCUUAAACAGAUUGUCUUUGAUUAAAUGAAUAUCAUGAUUUUUUGUUAACACAAUAAUAAUCAGUUGUUAUACAGAUGAAUAAAAAAAUUUUGAAUUUGUU